AUGAUUGUCGAUUUCCUCAGCCAGAAUCUCUUCUAUUCCCCUGUCACACUGUCUGUCAUUCUAUCCAUCUUUGUCAUUGCUUGGCUUGUGAUACAGCCGCUCUAUUUCGGUCCUCUCAGUCACAUUCCCGGUCCAUGGAUCAACAAGAUUUCAAGCAUCUACCUAACGUACUACGAUGUGCGACUUCAACGAAAUGACAAAAUCAUGCAAUGGCAUCGCCAAUACGGGCCGGUGAUUUGUAUAUCACCCGGAGAAGUUUCAGCGGCUACACUUUCCGCAACCCGAGAAAUUUAUGGUUCUUCCGGUCGCUGCGCCAAGAGUAACUAUUUUCACCACUUUACAGCGUACAACGAACAGUCUAUCUUCGCAACGCUCUGCUAUAAGGAACAUCGAGAGAAGCGGAAGCUUACGUCCGGCUUCUAUCAAGCCUCAAUGAUCUACAAACGCCCUGAUAUUGAGGGGUAUACUCGCCGUUGUGUGCAGAAAGUGCUACAGCAACUACGGCAGCAGCGGCAUUCGGGCAAAUACUGUGAUAUAUAUGCUCUGAGUGACUGGUACGGCUUUGAUAUCAUCACAUACUUGACCCUAGGGAAGGCCCACGGGACACAAACAAUAGAACGAGACUGCACAGAACGGCGCAUCCUUCGCGAUCUCAAAACCCUUCAGCUAUGGGGGCCCUUCCGUUUACGAUUCCCAAAAGCCUUCGAACUCCUCUCUUCCUGUCUGAGAUACUGGAUGCCAAUGUUUACCUACCUAAAGUCGGAUACACAUCUGGCUGAAUGGGCCUAUAACCGUGUUUCUGAUGCCGCUCAAUACUCUGAUUCUCAAGACCCUUGCUCCCUUUUCCAGCGCCUGAUGGCCUUGACAGAUGGUUCAAAGUCCACAGGCGGGGGUAGGCAGAAUUAUAUAGCCGCAGAAAUCCUUGACAAUAUUAAUGCGGCAGAGGCCACUGUCUCUGUGACAGUAGCCUAUUUCUUUUAUCAUCUAAGCCAGGAAGUGAAAUGGCAGGAAGAGAUCCGAAAGGAAUUACUCAAGCUGCCGCCUCAGUCUGAUGGGCUUCCAUCCUUCACGCAAUUGAACGAAGCACCGAUACUGGAAGCCUGCUUGAAUGAGACUUAUCGCUUAUACCCAGCCUCUAGUGGAAGGGCAGAACGCGUUGUGCCAGAUGAAGGGAAAUUCUUAUCCGGAACUUUUGUUCCAGCAGAUACAAUAGUCACAACAUCCCUAACGGCGAUGCAUCGAGACAAAGAAAUCUUCCCAUCACCCGAGUCCUUUCUGCCACAACGGUGGCUCAACAGUGAUCCUGUUCAGCGUGAGGCACUUGAACGUCAUAUUAUCCCAUUCGGAUACGGAGCUCGUAUUUGUCUUGGGAAACCCUUGGCUACACUGGAGAUCAAGCUUCUCAUUGCAGGGAUUUUCCUACAAUAUCGAACCAUUCCAGCGCCGUCAUGUUUGGCAGAAUCCAUGCGACAGUCAAGUACGCAUGAUGCUGUUCCCUGGGGCCUAAAAUGUGAACUCGAGUUUCACCCUCUUAUUUGA